AUGGUCCAGGGCACCGUCGAGGCCGCGGCCAGGAUCGACUCAAACGGAGAAGGGCCGUCUGCUUCGACGCCUCUCUUGGACCAGGCGAUUGAGGCCCUGCAAAGAUCAAUGCAAAGGAGCAGGUUUGGGCCGGACAUUGCGUUGAAGGAGGCACGGCUUGCUACUCUUCAGCGCGUUUCGGCCGAGCGGUUUGCUUGGACGGCUCCACUCAAGGAGCAAGCCGCAGGCACAAGGGCCCUUCUGCAGGCGCAGAUGCAGUCCUUGAGAGACUGGGGCUUUGCGUCCGAUGAGGACUUGGCCUCAGCAGCUGCGUAUCUUGCCCGUCUUCACAGCGAUCCCAUGCUUACGGGUUGCCUUGCAUAUGCGGUGUACCCGUACGGCUCCCGAAUUCUCGGCUCCACGCAGGGCCUCUCAAUGCAGGGCCUGGGAAUCGCUCCAGAACACUGCGAGAUCUUCGACACUGGUGGUGGGCUCUGGCUGAAGCACUUGGCCCCCGGCAGGCCAAACUUGCACUUCACGGUCCGGGUUUGCCAAAGCGGGCACUCCGCGCAGGUACCGCUUGUGCCUGAACGAUAA